CGUCCCAGAGCCCGUGCGGACUGCCAGGCGCUGUGGCCGUGCACGUCGGCCACGCGGCCGCCGGUCGGCUGCUGGGAGCUGAGAGGGUUCGGGUCCAUGUGGAAGCUACUCCCAGAUGCGGGCUCAGCCCGAGGAGAACCAUACAGACUUUUGACUGGUGUUGAGUACAUUGUUGGAAGGAAAAACUGUGCCAUCCUAAUUGAAGAUGAUCAGUCAAUCAGUCGAAAUCAUGCAGUGUUAAUUGCUAACUUUCCUGUGACCAACCUGAGUCAAACGGAUGAAAUACCUGUAUUGACAAUCAAAGAUAAUUCUAAAUAUGGUACCUUUAUUAAUGAGGAGAAAAUGCAGAAUAACCUUCCCCAAACUUUGAAGACAGGAGAUAGAGUCACCUUUGGAGUGUUUGAAAGUAAAUUCAGGGUAGAGUAUGAGCCUUUGGUUGCAUGUUCUUCUUGUUUAGAUGUUUCUGGGAAAACUGCUUUAAAUCAAGCUGUAUUGCAACUUGGAGGACUCACUGUAAACAACUGGACAGAAGAAUGCACUCACCUUGUCAUGAUGUCAGUUAAAGUUACCAUUAAAACGAUUUGUGCACUCAUCUGUGGACGUCCUAUUGUAAAGCCAGAAUAUUUUACUGAAUUUCUUAAGGCAGUUCAGUCCAAGAAACAGCCUCCACAAAUUGAAAGUUUUUACCCACCUAUUGAUGAGCCAGCUAUUGGAAGUAAAGAUAUUGAUCUAUCAGGACGGCAGGAAAGAAAACAGAUCUUCAAAGGGAAAACAUUCAUUUUUUUAAAUGCCAAGCAGCAUAAGAAAUUAAGUUCCGCAGUUGUUUUUGGAGGUGGAGAAGCUAGGUUGAUAACAGAAGAAAAUGAAGAAAAAGAUAGCUUCUUUUCAGCUCCUGGAAUUUGUGUUGUUGAUGUGGGAAUAACAAAUACACAAAUCAUAAUUCCUGACCCUCAGAAAAAAUGGAUUCAUUCAAUUAUGGAUAUGCUUCAGAGACAAGGUCUUCGACCUAUUCCUGAAGCAGAAAUUGGAUUGGCAGUUAUUUUCAUGACUACAGAGAAUUAUUGUGAUCCUCGGGGCCAGCCCAGUUCAGGUUUAAAGACAACAACUCCAGGGCCAAGCCUUUCACAGGCCUUAUCGGUUGAUGAAAAACUGAGGCCAAGUAUCCCAGUGAACACUACAACAUAUGUAGCUGACACAGAAUCAGAGCAAGCAGAUACAUGUAUGGAUUUGAGUGAAAGGCCAAAAGAAAUCAAAAUCUCCAGAAUGGAACAAAAAUUCAUAAUGGCUCGACAAGAAACAUCCACUGGAAAGGAACCUCCCCAAACAAACUCUCACAAUAUCGUAUCAAAUACCCUGGGAAGGAGGAAAAUCUUAGACUAUCAGCUUUCACCAUCAAAAUUUCCAAAUGAAAAUAAAAGUAGAAAUUGGGCCUCUCAGCAGCAGACCAACUCCAUCAAAAACUACUUUCAGCCACUUCCUUUAAAAAGGGAAAGAGAUGAAGAAAGUCAAGAAAUGUCUUUAUCCAAAUCAGCAAGAAUAGAAAUGUCUUAUUCUCUUUUAGAACAAACCCAACCUGCUACACUUUCAAUAUCGAAAAAUACAGAGCAGCCUCUAACUCAGAAUGAGACUCUUGACCAAAAAACAGAUAACCUAAUUACAGACAAAAAUUUAAAAACUGAUAUGAAAAAUUCUGCUGGUAAAUCUCUUUGCACAGAAAAGGUAAUAACAAAAAAAAGAAAAGAAAUUGAUGAUUUGGCCAUAGAAGAUGAAGUAUUGGAAGAGUUAUUCAAGAACACAAAACCAGAGUUAGAAAUUGAAGUGAAAGUUCAAAAGCAAGAGGAAAAUGUCAGUAUCAGAAAAAGACCAAGGUUAGACCUAGAAACAAGCAGCACUUUUAAUGAUGAAACAGCACCAGAAAGUGACAAAGUAUCUGAAGAAAACGAAAUUGGGAAGAAGUGUGAUCUCAACAAAGAGUCACUAUGGUCAACUAAAGAAGAAGUAUCUAACAAUGAUGAACUUCAGGAAAACAGCGAGGUGCUUCCAAGUAAUGUAUUACUGACUGAAUUUAGAUCACUGGUGGUUAUCUCCACUUCCAGAAAUCUGUCUGAUGUAAAUAAUGAUUAUGGACAACUAAAGAAUUUCAAGAAAUUCAAAAAGGUCACAUUUCCUGGAGCAGGAAAACUGCCACACAUCAUCGGAGGAUCAGAUCUAAUAGCUCAUAAUGCUCGAAAGAACACAGAAUUAGAAGAGUGGUUAAGGCAGGAAAUGGAGGUACAAAUUCAGCAGGCAAAAGAAGAAUCUCUUGCUGAUGAUCUCUUUAGAUAUAAUCCUAAUGCAAAAAGGAGAAGAUAACUGAAGGUUUUAAAAGGAAGCUAUUGAAAAAUAUUUCCAGCAAGUAUUUACUUCAGUCUAACUGGGAUAUAUAUAGUAUAUAGAAGAGAUUUUUAAGUUGCAAACAUUUUGUGACCUAAAUUUGUUAAAUAAAAUGCACAAAACUCUGUU